AUGAACGGAAUUAUCGAGGAAGAUUCGAAGCAGUUUGACUCUGUCAACGCUCCUCAGGAAGAUGAAACACAGCCGGAUCCGGACGAAGAGAUGAUCAUUGAGAACAUGGCUCCGGGGAGAGUAUGGCUAGUGAAGAUUCCCAAACACCUCAUGGAGCGCUGGUCAAGCAUCAACCAAGAGGACAUCCAGCUAGCCACCAUCCGCGUGUAUCAUGAGGCGGUCGCCGCGAACGGCAAGAAGCCACGCAUUAUGAUGAUGCUUCCGCCUAACCCCGAUGGAACGUGUGACGAAUACGAGCUGGACAUGGUCAACGAGUCUGUCGAGAACCAGAUUGUUGUUGCGGAGCGCGAGAAGUACCCCGGUGUUCCACAUCGCGCGAGGACGACGAUUCUUACGGGGCGCGUGAAGCACGAGUGCAACUUGCGUCCCUUGUUCACGGAACGAUACCGCCAGCGGCUCAAGCAGCGCACACUGCUUGCAAACACGCCGAAGAAGCAGAUUAUGCGGAUCGAGGAGGCCGGGAUCGGCGGGCGCGGGAGCAUCAACAUGCUCACGAGUGGUGCAGCAAAUCAACGGCCAUUUACGUUCGGCCAAGUCAAGCAAAAGCCGGCGAAGGGCCAAUUCGAGCGCAUGGCGCGUAUGCCACGAAACAACCUGCUCGAUCUCCUCUUCGGCCUGUUCAAAGAGCGUGAAUUCUGGUCCAUCAAGGUCCUUCGCGAGAAGACCCAGCAGCCGGAGGCCUGGCUCAAGGAGCUGCUUAGUGGUAUCGCGAUGCUUCACCGCAGUGGGGAACAUAAUGGCAUGUGGGAGCUCAAUACCAACUACAAGGGCCGCGAUGCCACUUCAGCCGACGUGCCACCAAGUCAGGAUGUAGAGGAAAUGAAGCUGGAGGACGAGGCUGAAGGAGAGGAUGAUGAUGAUGAUGAUGAUGAGAACUUUGAUGAAGACGAUGAUGACAUGGAAGAGGUCUCAUGA